AUGCUGCCCUGCCUCACCCUGCUUCUCCUGACUGGGCUGGGGCUGUCCGUGUGCACUGCAGCAGGUGACAGUGGAGAAGAACAGACACUCGACCCUGAAGCAGAGUCCUGGGAAAGCCCUGUGCUCCGUGUUGACCUCCAGCUGCAGAAUGUGAAGAGGGGCAAGGCGAACCAGUUCUUUGGGCUGAUGGGGAAGCGGAUAGGAGGCAGAGAGGAUGAGGACCGUGGUUCAGAGUGA